AUAAAACCUCAGCUUUUCUCUUUUAUCUGUCUGUCUGUCACCCACCCUAUUCUGCCCUCUUCCUACAUCUCCCUCUCUCUUUGUACCUCUUCGCAUUCUCAAGAUAGUUUCUUCUCCCAUGGCUACUCUCAUUAAGACGCUGCCGUUUAAGUCCCCUCCUCCUCUAACUCCACCUGCUACAACCUUUUCUUUAAACUCUUCGAAGCCCUUCCAUGUCUGCUUCAAACAAAGACUUCCUCCUUCAAGCCGUCCCCUCCGCUUCAGCUUCACUCCCUCUCUUCGCUUCCUCAACUUGGUUCCUUUUGCUUCCACUGGAGGUGAAACUGACACUAUUCAUACCCAACAACAAGUUCAAGAACCCCAAAUUGAGGACUCUUCAGAUGUUGAUGUUGCUGCUGUAGACGAUACUGCUGCAGAUGAGAGCAGUGAUGUUGAAGAAACAUCUUCUUCAGCCAUUUCAUCAUUGCUCCAAUCAUACAAAGAAGCUUUGGCAAGUAAUGAUGAGUCAAAAGUUGCUGAUAUAGAAGCAUUGUUAAAGUCCAUUGAAGAUGAGAAAGUUGAUCUUGAAAAGAAAAUGGCUUCUUUGUCAGAAGAAUUGUCAACAGAGAAGGAUCGAGUUCUUAGGAUUGGUGCGGACUUUGACAACUUUCGCAAGAGGACAGAGAGAGAACGCCUUUCUUUGGUAGCAAAUGCCCAAGGAGAGGUUUUGGAAAAUUUGUUGCCUGUUUUGGAUAAUUUUGAGCGAGCUAAAGCCCAAAUUAAGGUCAAGACAGAGGGAGAAGAGAAGAUCAAUAACAGCUAUCAAAGCAUAUACAAGCAGUUUAUGGAGAUUUUGGGUUCUCUGGGCGUUGAACCUGUGGACACAGUGGGAAAUCCUUUUGAUCCAAUGCUGCAUGAAGCGAUCAUGCAGGAGGAUUCCACUGAAUUUGAAGAAGGUAUCAUUCUACAAGAAUUUCAGAAGGGAUUCAAGCUGGGAGACAGGCUGUUACGUCCGGCAAUGGUAAAAGUAUCGGCUGGUCCAGGGCCUUCAAAGCCUGAACAAGGAGAGUCAUCAGAAAGUGCAGAUGUAGGUGAAAGCAAGGAGACCAGUGAAACUGCUGAAAGCAGUGAAACUACCAAAACCCACCGGGAAGCAGAGUCGUCUUGAAGACUAGAUAGAGAUCCUGGAUUCAGUUUUGUAUAAGCAACACACGUUUACCUGUAUUAUUAGGGCUCAAAUUUUGUUUGUGAUUGUUGUGAUGAUAUAUUAUUGUUACUUUUUCUUCAUUUCUGGAGAAAUUUAUAUUGAGAUGAGGAAAUAGCAUGCCUUUGGGACAA